UGCAAGCCCAUUUCGCAAACGUCAGUCUCCCCUUCCAUUUCCACAGCUACCUUCUCUCCGGCGUAGAGUCUACCUGCAAAAACAACAGAGAAACGCCAUAGAAUCUACCCGCAAAAACAACUGAGGAACGCCAUUUCUGCUCUAACAGCACUCACACAUUGCUUUUGAACGAGAAAUCUCUGCUUUCGAUGCCCUAGCUUUUCUGCUCCCAUUGCAUUUUAGUAAAUUUCCUUUCAGUAGAGAGCUGAAGAUUUUCUGCAAAAAGAAUUCCACGGGAAAAAAGACUUCGACAUGGAAGAUUCUAAGAAUAUAAGCAGCAGCGACGAAGAAGUUGAAGAGGAAGGACUUGAAGACGUUCCGAUGCCCGCCAAUGGAAAAGUCCCGCCCUCAUCCGAGCCGUUGGAUCUUGACAUAUCCAUCGACGAUUACAUGGACGAUGGCAGUGACAAUAUCGCUGCCAGCAGCAGCGGGUCCUUGGAUUUGAGCGAGGAGUUCUUGACCAAGUUCUGCAAAGAUGCAGCCCGGUCUUUCUUCGAUGAGUGGGGCUUGAUCAGCCAUCAGAUUAACUCAUACAACGAAUUUACAGAGAACGGGAUUCAAAAGAUCUUUGACUCAAUUGGCGAGAUUGUGGUGGAACCCGGGUAUGAUCCAUCGAAGAAAACGGAUGGUGGGUGGAGGCAUGCAUCGGUGACGUUCGGGAAGGUAACUUUGGAGGAGCCAAAGUUUUGGACUGGGGAGAAGGCCCAGGACGAGCUGAAGGUGAUGCCAAGGCAUGCACGGCUUCAGAACAUGACCUACUCAUCUAGGAUGAAAGUCGAAGUCAAGUUGCAGGUUUAUAUUCAAGAGCCUCUCAAUAGUGAUAAAUGCAAAACUGGGAAAGAAAAGUAUAUUUGUAAGAAGGUGCUGAGUGAAGAAACAAAGGACAUUGUUAUUGGCAGGAUGCCUGUGAUGGUUAAAUCUAAGCUUUGCUGGCUGGAUAGGCUUGAGAAGAGUGAUUGCCCUUUUGAUCAUGGAGGGUAUUUUUUGAUUAAGGGCAUGGAAAAGACCUUUAUUGCACAGGAGGAAAGAUGCCUAACAAGACUUUGGAUUUCUAAUAAACCAAGUUGGGCUGUUCAAUACAUGUCAUUGUUCAAGAGGAAAAGACUUUUUGUUAAGCUCACGGAAACCCCAAAAGCUGAUGGUCUUAAUGGAGGAAAAGUCAUCACUGUGUAUUUCUUAUACCAGUCAGUUCCUAUCUGGAUUAUGUUUUUUGCACUUGGUGCAUCAUCGGAUAAAGAAAUUUUCCAGAUGAUUGAUCUUGACAUUAGUGACUCUGGCUUGGUGAAUAUACUUCUGUCAACAGUUAAUGAAGCUGAUGAGAUAUGCGAAGCUUUUCGCAAACAAGGAAAAGCUCUUGAAUAUAUUGAUAAACAAGUGAAAAGUUCAAAAUUUCCACCUGAGGAGUCGAUAGAAGAAUGCAUUAACAAGUACUUGUUUCCCGAUCUUAAUGGUCACAGGCAGAAGGCUCUUUUUCUUGGAUACAUGGUGAAGUGUCUUUUGCUGUCAUAUUCUGGGAGACGAAAGUGUGAUAACAGAGAUGAUUUCAGAAACAAAAGGUUGGAUUUAGCUGGUGAGUUGCUUGCACGAGAGUUGCGAGUGCACAUCAAACAUGCUGAGAGGCGCAUGGUCAAAACCAUGCAGAGAGAUCUAUAUGGUGACCGUAGUGUGCAGUUCAUCGAACGCUAUCUCGAUGCAUCUAUCAUCACGAAUGGUCUUUCUAGGGCCUUUUCAACUGGAUCAUGGUCUCAUCCUUUCAAACGGAAUGAAAGGUGUCCUGGAAUUGUGGCGACUUUGAGGAGGACAAACCCCCUCCAAAUGAUGUGCGACUUGAGGAAGACACGUCAGCGGGUCACAUAUACUGGAAUUACUGGAGAUGCCAGAUUUCCGAACCCUUCCUACUGGGGAAAGGUGUGCUUUCUUUCUACCCCAGAUGGCGAAAAUUGUGGACUUGUAAAAAAUUUGGCAGUCACCGGUCUUGUGAGCACGAAUUUGGUGGAAGUUCCUCUGGAUAAGUUGGUACGCUGUGGAAUGGAACGUCUGAAUGAGGAUACUCUGUUGUUGAAUCGGAAGGAUAAAGUUUUCUUGAAUGGAAAUUGGGUUGGAGUUUGUAGAGAUUCCAGUUUAUUUGUUAAGAAACUCAGAAAUGUGCGCCGUAACAAGCAGAUUGAUUCCAAGGUGGAAAUCAAAAGGGACCAGCUUCAGGGUGAAGUCCGUAUAUUUUCUGAUGCCGGAAGAAUCUUGAGGCCACUCUUGAUUGUUGAGAAUUUAAAGAACAUCAAAUAUUUCAAAGGAGGACCUUACUCCUUCCAGUAUCUUUUGGAUGAGAAGGUUGUAGAACUUAUAGGUGUUGAAGAAGAAGAGGAUUGUUUAACAGCAUGGGGCAUCAAAUACCUCUUCAUGGGUGAUAAAGGUCACUCAUCCCCAAAAUACAGCCACUGUGAACUUGACCUCUCAUUUUUAUUGGGUUUAAGCUGUGGUAUCAUACCAUUUGCGAACCAUAAUUUUGCCAGGAGGGUGCUUUACCAAUCUGAGAAGCAUUCUCAGCAGGCUAUCGGGUUCUGCACUCUAAACCCAGAUAUCAGAGUGGACACUCUCUCUCAUCAACUUUAUUACCCUCAGAGGCCACUCUUUAGGACCAUGGUAGCUGAUUCCCUUGGAAAACCAGAAACACCAGGCAAGAAGGAUAUUUUACCCAUGCCUGAAUAUUUUAAUGGGCAAAAUGCUAUUGUGGCAGUAAAUGUUCAUCAAGGGUACAACCAAGAGGAUUCUUUGGUCAUGAACCGUGCCUCACUAGAGCGUGGAAUGUUUCGAACGGAACAUCAUAGGAGUUAUAAAGCAGAGGUCGAGAACAAAGAGGUUUUGGAGACCAAACGUUUAAAACCGAAGGACAGGGUGGAUUUUUGUAAAAUACAAAGUAAAAUAGGGCGUGUUGACAGUCUCGAUGAUGAUGGGUUCCCAUAUAUUGGUGCAAAUCUGCAAAGUGGUGAUAUUGUCAUCGGGAAGGGUGCCGAAUCUGGAGCAGAUCAUAGUAUCAAGCUGAAACACACGGAAAGAGGCAAGGUACAAAGAGUUGUACUAUCUGCAAAUGACGAUGGGAAGAACUUUGCAGUAGUCUCUUUGAGACAGGUUCGCUCUCCUUGUCUUGGGGACAAGUUCUCGAGCAUGCAUGGUCAAAAAGGAGUAGUUGGUUUCCUGGAGUCUCAAGAGAAUUUCCCUUUCACAAUUCAAGGAAUUGUUCCUGAUAUUGUUAUAAAUCCACAUGCUUUUCCAACCCGACAAACUCCUGGGCAGCUGCUUGAGGCUGCUUUGGGUAAGGGAAUUGCCUGCGGUGGUUCGAUGAGAUACGCCACCCCUUUCACCACUGCCUCUGUUGAUGUCAUAACUGACCAGCUGCACAGGGCCGGAUUUUCAAGAUGGGGAAGUGAGAGAGUUUACAAUGGCCGGACUGGUGAAAUGUUAAGUUCUUUGAUCUUUAUUGGCCCAACAUUUUAUCAGCGGCUGAUUCAUAUGGCCGAGGACAAGGUGAAGUUCAGGAACACUGGACCAGUUCACCCUCUAACUCGGCAGCCAGUGGCCGAUCGAAAGAGGUUUGGCGGUGUCAAGUUUGGUGAGAUGGAACGCGAUUGUCUUCUCGCCCAUGGUGCGGCUGCCAACCUUUAUGAGAGGCUCUUCAUGCUUAGUGACUUCUCACAGAUGUUCAUCUGCCAGAAAUGUACCCGGGCCGCAAAUGUAAUACAAAGGACUGUGCCUGGUGGAAAGAAAAUCCGUGGUCCAUUCUGCCGUUUCUGUGAUUCUGCGGAAAACAUUGUGAAGGUGAAUGUGCCGUAUGGUGCAAAAUUACUCUACCAGGAGCUUUUUAGCAUGGGUAUAUGUCUAAAAUUUGACACUGAGGUUUGUUGAAUCAGAAGGGUUUCAUUUUGUUAUCUAACAUGUUCUUUGUUACUA